UCAAAAUUGAUGCUCUUAUUGACAUUUUUCUGAUAAAAAAUUCUCAUUCAGGACCGAUCUCUCUCUCUCUCUCACCGAAAUUAGCAGCGGCGGGCGGCAGCCAUGUCCGGCGAAUCAGCAUCUGCUAUCCCAAGAAGCCAAGUUGAUUUGCUGGACUUCGUGGACUGGUCUGGUGUGGAAUGCUUGAAUCAAAGCGGCAGCCACUCUCUUCCAAAUGCUCUCAAACAGGGUUACAGAGAAGACGAUGGGUUGUAUUUGGAAAGCGAUGCUGAUGAACAACUGUUGAUUUAUAUUCCUUUUACUCAAGUUAUUAAACUCCAUUCAUUUGUAAUCAAAGGACCAGAGGAAGAAGGCCCAAGAACUGUAAAACUUUUUGCUAACAGGGAGCACAUGGGAUUCAGCAAUGUCAAUGAUUUCCCUCCGAGUGAUACAGCUGUUCUAUCUGAGGAUAACCUUAAGGGAAAGCCCGUGAUAGUGAAGUAUGUCAAGUUUCAAAAUGUCCGCAGCCUGACAGUUUUCAUUGAGGACAAUCAAUCUGGUUCUGAAGUUACUAAAGUUCAAAAGAUUGUUUUCCACGGAACUACGGUGGAAACAACAGAUAUGAAAGGUUUGAAGAAGAUUGAAGAGCAUUAAGUCUGGAAUGAGCAAAUUGAAGUCUGAAAUUUGUUUUAUUUGGAAACUUCUUAAAAAUGCAUCACUUGUUUUAGCUGGGAGAAGUUGAUGAACAGAGUCUUUUCACGUCAAAGUCCAGUGAGAAACUUCUUUGAAGGGAAAUUUAUGUGGCCAUUAUAGCCAUUACCCUUUCAUAUUGUCCCAACUUUGUGUAAUGGAAAAUGGAAAUGGGAAUGGAUGAACGUAGUUCAGUGUGGACAUGCUGGAUAAAUUGCCCUUUUUUUCGGCUAAAUCAGGUAAAAUGUGGCUUUUAACAAAUUGAGUUUAGGGGUGCAUGUAAAAAUGAUUAGACUUUGUUUAUUCAUAUUUCUGCAUAUGGGAAAAUUCAGUUCUUGACGUUAUGUUCCACACGAGGAAAGAACUUCCACAUUCACAAAAAUUAUUGUAAAAAAAU